AUGUGAUUGUUUGAUGCACCAAAUAGGAAGAGCAUGCAGUGGUAUUACAAACUUUUGGCCCGCCGUCCCCAGCUAGUGCUGGUGGCCGUGGGUACUUUCUCCGUGGCCUGCAUCGUUGUCGCACUGUUCACCCGAAAGCUGCCCGAUUUCGAUGAUCCAACACUGGGAUUCGAAGCACGCGGUACUUCAAUUGGCAAGCGAUGGACAGCAUGGCGAAAUCUGUUAGAAGAAACAGGCUCAGCCGGACGCUUGGUAGCCAAUCCGAAAGAGUUAACGCUUGGUACGAACAAUCUCUUGCACAGGCCCAUUACAGGCGAAGCCAGUUUUCCCAAGCGACGGAAGAAUAAAUCAAAAAAGAAAAUACCAUUAAAUACCGUGGACGGAGAAACAUCGGCCAAAAAGCAAAAAAAGUAUAGCAACAAUAUACGCAUCCUGAAGGAGCUGUAUCAUAACCAAAGUGCGGCCAAUGGGGAGAUUAUUAGCUUUGAAGAAUAUGACAACGAAACAAUGCCCCAUCGGAGUGGCAGGCAAGAAGUUUGGGAGUACGGUCGUAACCAAUCGUACUACACGGAAGAGGUUGGCAAUAAGACGAUGGAAAAGAAACGGGCAAAGUGGGAUACGCUACGGAAGUUAAAACCACCGCCAGAACCGAUUGAAACGCACAUACCAUCCGAUGGAUUCUUCUGCGAGUCACCGAACAAAGAAUACGCUCACCUGGUAGUGCAGCGAAUAAAUCACAACCUAAACGAAAGUAUGUUCGAGCUGAUUGCCUUUUUGGCGCUGUGUGAACUUGAGCAGAGAGUGGUAAAAGUAGAGCACUAUGGUGACAUUUGCCAGCGGGAACUUACAUCGGACAAUUGUUGCCGGCCGUGGUCCAUCGUAAACUAUGUGACGUUUCUGUCGAACAAAUCGUCCUGCUUCGAACUGAACGAGGAAGAUGUAGCGAUGGUAAAGACGCUGCUGUACGAUUGCUUUCAGUAUUAUCACAACAUGAAGCUGAGCAAUGACUGUAUAGGUUCUCGGUGUAUUGCACCGAGUGAAUGCAAACAGCAUAAUGCGGUGUACAAUAUACUGCACUAUUUAACGAAUGUGGAUUUCAUUCGACAAAAUGAGUCUGCUGAAUUUCUCAACGCUACUAUGAUAUUUCUUCCGAUUGCGCGUAGCAUAAAAUCGAUGCAGUUUUAUCACAGCUUAAGUCAAGUUAAUCUUGCCAACGAUCUCGUAUCGGUUGUUGCAAUGGAUAUGGGCCUGAAGAACGCACUGUUCGAUGAAUGUUUGCUGCGCGAUGGUUGGCUGAUCGGACUCGGUGGCAUAUUCGUCGUGCUCUGCAUGUGGCUAUACACGGGCUCACUGUUUGUCACGCUUAUGACGGUAUUAGCGGUGGCAUUUUCCCUAGGAAUUGCCUACUUUAUCUAUUCCUUCAUUUUCGAGCUUACCUUCUUCCCGUUCAUGAACCUGCUCGCUGUUAUUGUGGUUGUAGGCAUUGGAGCCGAUGAUGCUUUUAUCUUUCUGAAAAUAUGGCAAUGUACCAUUGCCGAUCGUGUGAAAUGUGGCGGCGGUAUCGUCAUACCAAUCGUACCGUCUACAUCGUCCUGCAAUUCGGAGGGAAGUGGAACGGCGGGGACCCGCGGUGCAUCUGAUACAUUAGUGGAAAUCAUGGGCAGCACACUUCGACACGCGGCCUUAUCGAUGCUGGUAACGUCUCUAACAACGGCGGCCGCGUUCUAUGCGUCCUAUGUUAGCUCCAUAACGGCGGUCCGGUGCUUUGGCAUAUUUUCCGGUACGGCCGUAAUGGCGAAUUAUUUCCUAAUGGUCACCUGGCUUCCGGCCGCCGUAUCGAUCGCGGAGCGGAUAUCUUGCCUGAUGCUGCUGAAACCAUUCGCUCGUGUAACGCAUCGCUGCACGAUCCCAUUUAUUUCGAUCGCACACAUUAGCAGACGCGUUGAAGAUGCUAUAAUAGACUUAAUUAUUAACCUGCCCUGGCUGUGGAUCACCUUACUUGGAACGAUCGGUAUUAUGAGCGGCAUAUUGGUGUUACAUUGGCCCAAGUUGAGGCUACCGGACUCACCCGACUUUAAGCUAUUUAUCAGCAACCAUCCGUUCGAGCGGUACGACAGUGAGUACAAGGAUAUGUUUUGGUUCGAGAAAAUGUACACAACGACGGAAACACUCAAAAUUCCCCUGCGCUUCGUUUGGGGCGUAUUGCCCGUCGACCGUGGGAACUUUCUCGAUCCGGAGCAGCGCGGUGACCUGUACUUUGACGAUUCAUUUAACAUGAGUGCACCGGAAUCGCAACAGUGGUUGCUACAGUUUUGUCGUCGUAUUAAAAACCAAACCUUCUACCAGACGAGCUACGGAUUACUGUUGCCGAACUGUUUUAUCGAGAACUUCAUUAGCUGGAUGGCUCGGCGGUGUAACGAUUCGAUGGGUGAGAUUGAUCGGACACCUUGCUGUGAAAUUUCACCCUUUCCGUUUACGCCCGACAUAUUCGAUCAGUGUUUGCCGGAGUCGAUAUCUUCAUUGUACGAGACACCGCGCGAGUUUUUCAUCCCGGGCGUUGCAGGACCCAAAUUUGACCGUAGCUCGUUUGUGGCAAGUGGACAACAGCUGGGAACGGUACCGUUCGCCAGGUCGACGCAUCCUAACGACAAGAUCGUAAAGGCGGUCGUGAUCGAGUAUGAAAGUACGCAAAUAUUCACAAUGUCCUAUCGCGAGAUCGAAUCGUUCGUGCGCACGGUCGAACAUUGGCUCGCCGAACAGCUGCUCGAUGCACCGACCACAAUGGCUAAUGCGUGGUUUAUCAGCGAGCUGGAGUUUUUCGAUCUGCAGGACACGCUCUCGACCGGCACGAUGGUAGCGAUCGCGAUGGCGAUGGCCGUCGCACUCCUCGUCCUGAUGCUCGUAACGCUCAACGUGCUGAUCAGUCUGUACGCGAUCGUAACCGUAACGCUCACCAUACUCACCACGGUAGCGAUGCUUGUGCUGCUGGGCUGGAAGCUGAACGUGCUGGAAAGUGUGGCGGUCAGUACGGCGAUUGGGCUGGCGGUUGAUUUUAGCCUACACUACGGUGUCCACUACCGACUCUCGACCGAACCGGACCGACGUUCGUCGACGCGCUUCUCCCUGCAGCGAAUGCUCGGACCAACGGCAAUGGCCGCCAUCACGACCGGUAUUGCCGGUGCGCUGAUGUUACCCUCGAGCGUGCUAGCGUACAUACAGAUUGGCGUGUUUCUGGUGAUCGUCAUGUCCAUCAGUUGGGUGUAUGCGACCUUUUUUCUUAUGAGUUUGUUACGCCUGGUUGGGCCGCAGUAUGGUUUCGGUCAAUUUCGCUAUCCCAAACUGCGGAGCGGUUUGCGCAGCGGUGAUGGGUGCAAGGUGACCACCCAACUGGAAGCGGGCGGAUCGUCGCGGUUGGGUCACCACCAUCAUCAUCACUUCCACACGUCGCACCAUCAUCAGAGUGUUGUGUCGGAACAGCUGCUAUCAAAUUCGAGCUCGGCGGUCGGUGAUUUGGUCGGGUCCGAAUCGCACGAGCUGGAUUCGCUGACGUCCAACUCGAUCAUCAAACCGAUCAGUCUGGAUAUUGCGCGUCCGAUCAACUUUGACCGGGCGUUCAAGAAAAAGUAUUCACUGCCCCGUGAGCAGAGUCCUUCCACGGCUAGCGCCAUUACGAUGGUGUUGCCGGACGAUAUCGAUACGAAGGGAGCCCAGCACAGUGCACCACAGUAG